AUGCGCCUCUGUCGCUGGCAGCCGGAUCGUCAUGUACCUGCGCAUCACUGGCAGAUGCAAAAUGCCCUGCCACCCAAUGAAAAAAUAGUCGUUCCAAAACGACAUGAUGCACGGUGCAUUUGCGUACGCGCUCGAAACGACGCGGUGGAGGGAGCAGUUCGUGCCGAGGUGACAGCAUUACAAACUGCAGCGACGGGUGGUGCCAGCAAGGGUCCCGGUACGCUCCUAGCGCGUCGCCUCGCCUACACAACUGCACCGUGCUUCAUGUCGUUUUGA